ACUAUGCGUGAGCCUGGGUGUGUCCGCAUGAGACAGGAAGUUUAGCUAGUUUCUUAGCUGUUGGACGUAGUGAUCACUAGUUUUAGUUCGUAAUUUUCGUUCUCGGGAACACCCAAAAUGCUUGUUAACUUUUUACAUUAUUAUAUCUCCUGCUGUAGUUAGCUGAGCUAAAAGGCAAGUUUCACCAUCGCCCUAACCUGGGGUAGAGCAACACUUAAAGUCGGAAACAGAACGGGAGAGCCGGUGGAGCGAGAUGACUGAGUACAAGCUGGUGGUGGUGGGAGCUGGUGGUGUGGGGAAGAGUGCGCUGACCAUCCAGCUCAUCCAGAACCACUUUGUGGACGAGUACGAUCCCACCAUCGAGGACUCGUACAGGAAGCAGGUGGUGAUUGACGGGGAGACGUGUCUGCUGGACAUCCUGGACACGGCAGGUCAGGAGGAGUACAGCGCCAUGCGCGACCAGUACAUGAGGACCGGAGAGGGCUUCCUCUGCGUGUUCGCCGUCAACAACAGCAAGUCCUUCGCCGACGUGCAUUUAUACAGGGAACAGAUCAAGCGAGUGAAGGACUCGGAUGAUGUUCCCAUGGUGCUAGUGGGAAACAAGUGUGACCUGGUUCGGACCGUGGACACCAAACAGGCCCAGGAGCUGGCGCGGAACUACGGCAUCGAGUUCGUGGAGACCUCGGCCAAGACCAGACAGGGAGUGGAGGAUGCCUUCUACACGCUGGUGCGGGAGAUUCGCCACUACCGCAUGAAGAAGCUCAACAGCAGAGAGGACAGGAAGCAGGGCUGCUUGGGUGUUUCCUGUUCAGUCAUGUGACCAGGAGUGCCUCUGUUGUGUGGCCCCCUACUGGCCAGUCGGGGUCGGUGCAGGGCCUCUGGACCUGCAGAAGAGGAGAGUUUUGGAGAGGGGAGAGUGGAGUCUGCCGUCACAGAUGGACAUGUCCCCCUUCUCCCUCCUCAUCUUCAUCCUCCUCGCCCCGGACCCCCACCCCCGCACCCCCUCCUCCCCUCCGAACGUUCGAUGGGUCUCGACGUCUGCCUCGGAUCCUGAUGCACAAAGUCUCAGCUGGGGGCUCUCCGUGGAGCCCGCCCCCGUCACCACGGAGAGCUGGUCCCCGCCCACCGCCCAUCUCACCCUCCCAUUGGCUCUCUUCUUUCUCGGGGGGCUUCUGUUGGCACUGCUGGCCCCACCCUUUCUCAGCACAGGGGAACAGUGCUCAGCUGCUGCUCCACUUCACUGCUGGGGCGUAAAACCGAACUGCCCUCGGCACCUCACUGCAUGUGCACAAGCAACCACAACACACUUACGUUAGUUUUAUUACUUUUCCUUUUUCUUAGGGCCUGGCCGCUAAAUCUCAUGCGCUGUCGUUGGAUAAUGUUAAUGGAUUUUAGCAGGCUCCCUGUGUGAAUGCUUUGUCAUUGUUUUUUUAAUCUCGGUGUAUUUUCAGUGUAUUUUUACCCCUCCCCCCGCCCUGUUUGUUUAUGUGCGUUUUUCUAAUAUUGCUGAAAUGCUUUUGUAACCAGGACACGUUAAAAAUGGUGUGUGAAAUAUUUUGCACAUCCACAUUACAGAGCAGAGGCAUCUUUUCACUCAUGAUGAGCCGCCGAUGUAACCUUCUCUGAUCAUGUUUUUAUGCGCAGUAACAUUCUGUUAGAAUAUUCUGGGAUCCCAAAUAUGGUUUGACUGUGUACACCUGUAAUUCAUAAUGCAGUACUGUAAUUGUGAUCGAUGAAAAGUGUUGUAUUCCAUUAGUAAGCUGACUAAAUGUGGAAUAUCAUGAGUGUAAACAGAUUUGGGAUGCUCAAACGACUCUUUUUGGGGGAAAUGUACAUCAUAAGCUCUUGCAGAUUAGCAUCUCCUUCAUUUAACUGCCUUAUGGUGGGUGAUUUUUCUUAAUGGAUUCUUCUCUGCCUGCCUGCAAACCUUUUGUGUAGAGUAUUAGUUCAGUCAAAAUGCACAAUGUUCUCUCGAAAAUGGCCUCCAGAAUAUUUCCUGUGUGAACAUGAUCAGUGUCUUGCUCUGUUAUCGCACCUCUUGUUGCCAAAAACGUGAUGGUCAGGGAUUCACAAAAGCACCCUGUGAGCUUUGGAUGCCUUUAGAUGCGAGUCCCGGGACCCUUGUACAGCGCUUUGGAUAAAGGCGCGAUAUAAAUGCAGACCCUGUCGGACCUGACAUCAUUUAGUCCUCGGAUGGACUCCACGCAUCAAUGUGUCUGACCUGAUGCCUUUGGGAAUACCCACCAAAUAGUAACCCCAUCCCGAAAUGCCAUCAUAUUCCUUUGUCCCUUUAAAAAAAUCUUUUAAUAAUUCUGAAACGGUUUACAACGGCCUAUGCCAAAACGGGAAGGUGCGCACGGUUUCUCAGUUGUGGUGCAUGCGCAUGUUCACUGCGGCAGUGGCAGAGGAGUUUAAAUAUUUCACAAAGGGAAGGUUGUCUUAAUCGCUUUAUUCCUCUUCUCUGGAGAGAUCAGACGGUAAGGGUAGGAUGGGCCUCGGCGGCUGUGCUCAUUGAGCAGAGGUGGCUCCAGGGCUGUGCACAAGCAUCGCAGAAGCAGGCAGCUUUACAGGUAACUUUAGCUGAGCUUCUGUGUUCUCUCCAUCAUCUUUGUUUUAGGCGGAGCCAUUUCUUCAGCAGCUGUGUCAUUCAUCCAUGGCCUGUGAUGCAGCUCUACUGUAAUUCUGUAUUUUUAAUCUACUGACAGUUACAGUACAUACUGGGUGGACUACGCAAAGGGCUAAACUUCUACCCUUCAUUUUAUUUUGGGAGAGUUUAGUGACCCCUUUUUAAAUUUGAAUUUUACCGCCUCUGUUGACAGUAAUUUUGUGAUCACAUUUUGUGGUGGUCUUUAGUGAUUGGUAACCUGGACAUUUGUAAUGUGCAUACAAUAAUCCAGAAAUAACACUUUUAUUAGUAAAUUAAUUUGAAACAAA